CCCGGAGAGUCACUCGCUCCUGUCACCACCACGCCGUGCAAAAGAAGGCGCAGCAAGCCUCAGUGCGGCUGCGGGCACUUGGCAUUGAGUUUCGGGGCGGAGGGCCGCGGUGCCCGGGGCCAGGCAGCGGGGCGCGGCGGUGGGUCUGGUGGAGCCGUGGCCUCCCGCGGGGCGUGGAGAGCGUUGGAAGCGGCCGUGGUGAGUUGGCCGCCGCCGAGGCUGCACCCGGCCCGGAGGAUGCCCAGGAGCCCGCCGCAGCCUCACGGCAUCAGAACUUUUUAGGCCGCCCGCCCCAUCAUCUCCCGCAAUCUCCGGGGCUGCGCCCCCGGCAGGUGUGGAGAGAGAGAGAGAGAGGGGUGGGGGGGCGCGCAGGCCGAAGCGUCCAGCUCCCCUCCCGUGCCCACCUUCCACGCCACCCCCCCACCACCCCACCCCCAGCUCGGCCGCCCGCCCGCCGCUUUGUUAGGGGCGCGCGGAGGGAAGGCGAGGCCGCGGCGGAUCAUGCCCAUGGUGUAGCCGGGCCAAGAGGAGGCAUGGCUGCGGGAAGGUUACUGCUCUACACGGGCCUCUCGCUAGCGCUCUGCGCCCUCGGCAUGCUGGCCGUGGCCAUCUGCUCCGACCACUGGUACGAGACGGACGCCAGGAAGCACAGGGACCGGUGCAAGGCCUUCAACACCCGCCGGGUCGACCCGGGCUUCAUUUAUAACAACAACAACAACUUGCCUCUGCGCGCCAGCCGCUCGCGCCUGGACCGCUGGGAGGGCAAACUCCUCCGGGCCCGGAAUCGCCGGCAGCUCUUCGCCAUGAGCCCCGCCGACGAAUGCAGCCGGCAGUACAACUCCACCAACAUGGGUCUCUGGAGGAAGUGCCACCGGCAGGGCUUCGACCCGGAGAUCUCCGCCCUCAUUCGGAAAGGAGAACUUGAGCGGUGCACGUACAUCAAGUACCACUACUCGUCCGCAACCAUCCCCAGGAACCUCACGUUCAACAUCACGAAGACCAUUCGUCAGGAUGAGUGGCACGCCCUGCACCUGCGCCGAAUGACGGCCGGCUUCAUGGGCAUGGCCGUGGCCAUCAUCCUCUUCGGCUGGAUCGUCGGCGUGCUGGGCUGCUGCUGGGACCGAGGCCUUAUGCAGUACGUGGCGGGGCUGCUCUUCCUCAUGGGAGGAACCUUCUGCAUCAUUUCACUGUGCACCUGUGUGGCCGGGAUCAACUUCGAGCUGUCGCGUUACCCGCGCUACCUGUACGGACUGCCUGAUGACAUCAGCCACGGCUAUGGGUGGUCCAUGUUCUGUGCGUGGGGGGGCCUGGGCCUCACGCUGAUCUCGGGGUUCUUCUGUACCUUGGCCCCCUCUGUUCAACCUGUCCCGAGGACCAACUGCCCUAAAUCCAGACCCGAGAAUGGGACAGUGUGCUAAAAACAAACAGACCCAUACAUAUAUAUAUAUAAAUAUAUAUAUAUAAUAUACAUAUAUAAAAUGAAACUCAAUCAAGAUGCCAGGGCCAGAGCAGCGCCGCGUUGGCUCAGGCGCCAGCAUCUCACCGGACUUUGUGUUGCCUCAUCUCCAAGAUGGGGAAAGUGUUUCCCAUCCUGUGGCUCUCCCAUCCGUUCUUGACUUCCGGCUUCAUGAUUUCUUGAAGACAGAGUGAACGCCACCACUUGCGGUAGCAUCUUAAUUCCCGUCACCCACCCACGCGGAUGCGGUGGUGAGCUGGAAGGGACAGUGGCAGUGGUCUGAAGCAAGCCAGAUGUAGAGAAGGAAGUGCCACACACUGGGCCCACAGGAGAGGACACCACCCUCAGCUGUCAUAUCACGGGGAGCCGAGGCCCCUACGUUCACAGAAUGUAACCACAUCUCUGAGGCCAUUUUCAGAACCACUUCUCCUGCUCUUCCUGUUCUGAGCUCCUUUCUGGCCCACCAGCAACACACAAGAGUAACAGAAAACAAACUGACAAGGAAGUUUUCUCUUUGUGGCCAAACUUUUGGACAAAGCUUUGGGGGGGGGGGAGGAGAACAUGCUGAGAGGCAAGAACCGCAUCAAUCAAAGGACACUUCAGUGGAUGCUCAGAAAACCCAGUCUUACCUUCCAGCUGCCUUACACCCAGUUGUUACACAAGAGGCCACCCUGUUCCUCCCCUCCCCGCACUCCCUGGGCAGAUCGGAGCCUUGGAACCAUGCUGUGAUGUGUGUGUGAGUGGGGGUGUAUGCAUGUGUGCAUAGGUGUUGGGUGGUUUGCUUUCUCUUAUUUUUUGAUCUAUCGUUUAAAUGGAAAUAUCAUUGCAUUAUAUUGUCAUCUCUCUGUCACUAUAGUGGUUUCUUGGCCCAACAUGGAGGCCCAGAAAUGAGCUUGAGGAACGGGCCUCCAUAGGUGCCAACACAGCAACUACAGAUUCCUGGAGAGAGACAGCGUGUGUGUGUGUGUGUGUGUGUGUGUGUGUGUGUGCGCGCACAUGCACAUGUGAUGGAUGUUUCCUGAGUAUGGGGGUUUAUGGUUUGUGUUGCAUUAUUUUUCUAUUAUUUUUGGUACAGCUGAAAUUUGUAGAGGGCAGGACUAACAACCAAACUUCUGGGCCAGAGGACCCGGUGCCUCAUCUCAUUACCAUUUUGGAACUCCUCAAGAUUUAGUCCUCUGAUUUUGGAAGUUCAAGACACAGCUGGGUACAAAAGUCCUGAGAGAAGAGUGGAACCCAUGGUUCAGGAGGGACAAGGAAUGUGGCCUCUGACUGCUGAUGUACAAGUUAUGUAUAGAAAACAGGACUCCAGUUCCUCAUUGCGGGGGCCUGUCCUUUGUCACUGGACACUUGCCCCUUUGUCGAGGUGAGCUCUGUGCAGAUGAGAGGAAAUGGUCACAUGCAGAGAGAGCACCUCCAAGCCCAUGGGCUCGAAUUUCUAUGGUAUUGUGUAAAUUAAUGGAGAACUCUUGGCUCUUUUCCAUUCUCUUCCCUUUCCUCUUGAUCUUCCAAAAUAGCUAUGUUAGUGGCUAGCCCUCAUGCUUGGGUAAAACAGGCCCAUCCAGGUGUCUCAGGCUCAUUUGAGCAAAUGGCACUGGGUGCUGGAGAAUGACCACGUCAGCCAGACCUGUUAAUGCCCUAGAGACAGGAGCAGCUCACAGUCACCUUGCGGGACCCUGCUGACACCAGGCGAGGAGAGAAUCCUGAUCUGGCAUAGGGAACCCUGGUCAGCCAUGCAUCAGGGAGUGCAGCUCCUGCAAAACAAAUCUGCUUUGGGAACAUUGCCAACUGCUCAGCGGCCUUCCCACUCCUGCCUCCACUCUCCCACCCCCCCCCGGCUCUGUUUCACACCCUGUCUUCCAACCUCUCCUCUCCCAAUCUUCUCCUCCUCUCACCUACUGACCCCUUCAUCUCCCUGUAAGUUCUGCCUAUCUCUUCUGCUCUUUUUGACCAUGUGUAUGUAGCCCACAUCUGGGUGUGACAUCUGAUGUGCAAGAACGGGCUUGAAUGUGGAUCUCUUGUGCGAGUCUUUCUGGUGCUGUGUGUGUGUGUGUGUGUGUGUGUGUGUGUGUGUGUGUGUGUACCUGUGCACAGGUAUGGAUACACUACUCAAGAUUCCUUCAGCAGGGUCCUGGUCAGAUUCUACAAAAGCUUUUGUGUGUGAGCGCCUUGGGUGUGGAUGUGUCAGGCAAUGGGGGGCAAGCUGCGUGACAGAAAAUUCUGUUGGCUUCCACUUGAGAUACAAAGGAUCGUUUUUAAGACAAAGAAGAAGGGAAAUAAUUUUCUGGAAAACCUAGUUAUUUUAGUUGAGAAUUUUUUUUUUAAGUUUUCUUUGAAACGUUACAUAUUUUUUCCCCUUAUAGUGAAGGACAUACUUGAGUUAGAGGAAAAGCAAAAGUAUCUUGGAUUGAGAGGCCUGUGUCUUCCUUCCAAAUAUCUUGGACCAGGCAGGUGUCCAUAAACAUCUGUUUGGGGGCACAGGGCUCUGUCUGUGAUUUGAUGCUAUUUUCAGUUGUUUUCUAGUUGCAGAAAGGUGGAAGAAACAGUUCUCAAGGGGCAAUUUGCUAUAGACUAUUUCAACUCUUCGUAAGUAACCAUGCCCAGAGACCUAUUGACAGUCAUCACCUCUUUCUUUAAACAUCAUCCUUGCUGUACACUGGUCAUCUUCUCUAUCUGAACUCUUACCUUGUGACAGACCUUUAAUAAUGUUCACUGCCUUCCUUUGUAAUGAGAGCAUCCUCAAAAUGUGUGGCAGACUCCCGAGAAGAAACAAACCAUUUGGACUCACCUCACCAUCAGAAGAGAGGGGCCUCUGAGUAAGUUUUUCAGUAGUGAGGCUACAGAUAAACACACACACACAUUCUGGGGUCUGAUCUACAUUUUGGGGAGCAGAAUCAUGCCCUGCCACAUGGUCAUGAUGGAAGCUCCCAAACAGAUUAUGAGUUCUGGUCAAGAGGAAAGUAGCCCAGGUGACCUCAAUCCUUCCGGCACUGGGGGCUUGACCACAGGCUAACUCAUGUACUUCUAAGCUGUUUCGAGACUUUCUGGCUAUGAGGUGGCUGGAGAUGUAGGGGAAAAAAAAAAUAGCCUUGGCUUGGGAUGCUCUCAAGGUCAAACUUUACUAAAAUCCAAAUCAAACUAGAACCCAACCUUUUAAGGGACUUAGAGUCAGUGGUUCUCAGUAUGCCCUAUGGUUCCCACUGAGGCCAAGUUGAAAUACUUUUAGGUGCAUGUAUGCCAAGUAUACAACCACGCGCGUGCUCUGGCUGUGUGCAAAGGAACUUUGAUCAUGAGGCUCCUUUCAACUUUCCUUUCUUUUCCUCCUUCUGAAUUGGGAAUUCAGGAAAGCGGAAUGUCUUGGCCAGAGAAAAGUCUUACCUUUUCUUCCCUCUCAUUUUUCUGUUUCCUUUCUCCAUAUUCACUUCUACUUUUCUUCUGUACCAACUUUGGGCAAUUAAGGUGGGUAAAUGCUUCGUGUCUAGAGAAAAUAAUGGCUCUCAGAGGCCGGGGCUCUGGCUCCGUGGGUAAAGUGCUUGCCCUGCGAGCAUGGUGCCCUGAGCUUGGAUUCCUGGCGUCCACGUGACAGCGAAGUCGUGGCCCUGGGGACCUUACAGGGACUGUGCUGGCGAGGCGGAGCCAGGGAACCCCUGAGGCUGAAUUGGUGAGACCUGAGCUCAGUGAGAGACCUUGUCUCAACGUGUAAUGUAGAGAGCGAUAGUGUGUACCUGAUGUUGAACUCUGGCCGCCCCGCACACGUGCACACAUGUGCACACCCACCCACCCGCACCUGCAAACAGGCCCUCACACAUGCAUACAAUGCACACUCCAGAAACAGAGAGACGCCAAGUAGGCUCUUUCUUUGAUUUUUGUCGCCCUGUGUUUCAGGAGGAGAUCUGUGGCUUGCUGGCAUUGAAUUUUUAAGAAAUAAAAUGUGCCUGCAGCAGCUUCAAGCACCCCCACAUGACCUUACCCUUUCAACAGCUCCACUCUCUCACCUCUGAGGAUCAUAAAGGCACAGACUGGGUAGCAAUCGCAGCAAAGACAAGCCCUCCUUGGUCUGAGGUCCCUGAGCCAUGCACUGGGUCCUGAUGUCAUGCUGUUAUAUCUGUCCUCUCCCUGGGAGUGGGUUCUACCCAAGAAUGCCACCUUCGCCCGCAGUGAUGGAGGAUAACCCGAGACUCCAUGUCUCCUUAGUCAUCCACACACACAGUAAGAGGGCUUGUAUGAAAGCUCUACAUAUAGCCAUCAGCAUCUCAUCUGACAGGAGAGUGUGCCACGUAAGUCUCCGAAGCUGCCCACUUGGGUCAAAUACAGAAUAAUGAAGGCAAAUGCAUCACUGGGGGCAUUUAGGAUGGGCUAGUUCCACCUGUCUAUACGGAGAGCAUUUAUGCAUGGAUUUUCAAGGUUGUGGGGGAGGAGUGGGAAGAAACAGACCUGGUCAUCCUUUGUGGUGGCUCGUGUGGGAGACUUGGUUAGUUCUUGUAGCUCAAGGGAAGCUGUUUUCCUGAACGUCUUCCCACUGCUCCAGGUGAAGCCGGUGAGCGCAUCCAUCCUUUUCCAGGGAAAUGCGAUGAGUCAGUGUGAAAGCUCACUUUACCACAGAGAGAAGUAACAAGUGUAUAGCAGUCUGAUCAGUCUUUCUGCUGCCUUCCAGCUGUUGAGACAGAGGAAGGGGCAGGAUUUUCUUUUUUUAAAGCCAGCCCAGCAGAGUAGAUGCAAACGGAUGAUUCUGCUGUCUGGCACCGUAGCUGGCUUCCAGGCUGACUUUGCUGUCUUCUCAGUGCUGCUGCCAUGGGGUGUACUGUUCCUUCGGCCUUGUUCCUAGUUCUUAGAAUAUGUUAUUAUCAGCUAUUGGGCUUUCCCCCCUGGGCCAUAUGCAGGCUAAUUAUAAAAAAAAAAGAAAAUACAAAAUGACUGAGAGAUUUGUCCUCAUCCCAUCACUCCGAGGCAUUUACGGCGGACCCAACCAUAAAGUCAAAAUCCCAGAACCUCUUCAACUAGUCUUUGAGUUGGCAGAUGGGGUUGGGAGGAUAUUGCAUAGCCACAGAACCGCGCUGAUUGAUCUUGUCAAUGUCGUUCUAUGAUGUUGGCAGCAGGCGCACAGACCUAGGCCUCAGAGACAGCAAAGAGGACUUGAAAGCUCAUGCCAGAGCUUGGGGAGAGUGUCGAGCAGGGCUACACGAUUAGUAUUGGGCCUCUCUCUCUCUCUCUCUCUCUUUGAUCUGUUCCUUUUUUCCAGGUACAAUCUCAAUCCAGUAAUGGGCAUAGGGGCACUGAAGCCUGAGAAAUUCACUACCUAAGCUACACUCAUGUAAUGCCGUUACUGUAAAUCUCAUUGCCACUCUUCACUAAGGUGAUCUGUGACGCGGGGCACUGUGUCUUCUCCAUACUUGAACUCCCUCAUCGACAGAAUGAGGACUGUGAUAACGCUUUACCUCAUGGUACAUUAAGGACGCGAAAGGAAUCGCAUAGUGGUUAGCAAACAUGAAAUGGCACGUGAGUUAUGCACUGUUCAAAUUGCCCUUCAACAGCAGGGUCCCCACCAAGAUGGAACUGUUCUAUUUGGGUUCUGCCCCACUGAGGAGAAGAGAGUCUAGAGAGAGGCCAUCUUGGUUGCUGAAUCACACUGUUCCUAGCCAGUUGGAGCACUCGGGCUCUGUUCUCCAUCCAGGCCCUCCACAGAAAUGGUCUCCUUGAUGCACUUUACCCAGAGCUCCUUCCUUUGGUUUACAGCCAGUUUUGCCAAAGGAACUCUUAUUCCAGUCGAUUAUCCCCAGAAGUGAUGGGAUGAAUAGACCGUGUGGGACAAAGAAUACAUAUUAACUAGAGCGGCCAUCUCCUAACUCAGGCAAGGGGUUAACGCCUUGUUUUCUUUCAGUUAGCAGUUCUCCUCUUAUCAUUUCUAGCUGUACUUGUCCAAGAAGGAGAAGUAAGGCAGAUGUUGAGGGAAAGAUAAGUACCAAGGAAGGCGAGCCAGCUUUCUCUUUCUCAGUCGGUAAAGCCAGUCACUUCACCAGAACCCUCUGGGAUCUGGUAGAAAGUCCCCUGGAUGUUGUAUCCAUGUAAGACAUGUUCUCAGUAUGACCUUCUUUUGCAUCCUGGGUUCUAAGUAAGAAAAGAGUUAAGAAGUGAUUUUUCAGAAGGGUCUCCGUCCAUUCUGCUUUCCUGUGGAUCAAAUUGCCAUGUCGUGUUAAAGCUUCCUUCAGGGGGAAGUUCAAGUCCUUCCAUUCUACGUAACUAGAGCCCAGCCAAUGACGAAGGUGACUUCUUGCCUGCGGCGGCGGUGGGUUCAGGAUGGAGAAACAGCAAACCGAACCCCGACCUCAGCAGCCGCUCAACCUGACGUCUCUCUAACACAUGCCAGUUUCCUACUCUUCUUGCCUAAGGCCUGGCAUUACUCCUUGGGGAGCCCUGGGGGCCCCUUCUCUCUCCUCAACCUUGAGCUUUUCCUUUCCUCUCUGGGUGGCCCCGUAGGCCCAUUCUCGUCCGUGUGUGCUGGUGCGUCUGUGUUGUGAGUGUGAACAGUGUCUUUUACACAGAGCUUUCACAGGACCACUCUCUCGCCCCUUUCCCAUUUCUUCCCAUGGUGUGACUGUUCUGCUAUUCAAGACUAUCUGUAAAAAUGUACAAUAAAAGUGGAAGCUGAAAACGAAGGGGAGGGGUAGUGUGUCCACUCAAGCGCAGGAGUGCAGCCCUCGGUUUUCUGAGGACUUGUGUGGACUGCCCUAGAAUCCUGACUCUGGUGGCAUUUGAAAGUAGAGAUGCCUGUGGCCCAGGAGAGACCUCUGGUCGAUUCCCUGAGGGUCAUCGGUGUUUGCUGCAAAGUCUCUGUUCUGACGGGCACCUACCUUUAGAGCAAAAGAUGUCUCCCAGAAAGUAACAGCCUAUCCUUAAAGUCCGAAGGAUGAAGGUCAUGGCCAAAGUCAACGCAAAGUCCUGACGCGGCUGGAAGCAUUUAGUGGCGUUGCCAGUGGCCCCCUGGGGGGACCUCGGGGUGAGUCUCGUUACCUCACCACGUCUCCAUGUCCCCUCAGCCUCCCAGGUAACAGGGUGGCUCUUGCAGCUCUUAGGGGCUCCGACUCCGCCCCGUCCAUUCUGCUGCUAAUUUCAGAGACUUUGUGCCCACGCUGGCUGCUGUGUGCUUGCAGAGCUGAGGCAAAUCAGGAGAGACUUUCUCCCUGCUGCUCUUGCCCCAUGCCUGCCCGCCUCAGAAAGUGACCUCAAGCCCACAGCCAGUCUAUGCCCAGAGUCCAAAGCCCUUUCCUCUUCCUUUCCGCUCUCAGAUGCCUUGUUUCCCAACCAUGUUGACAAGCUCAUCUUCCUCUCUUUGCUGGCAGAGCUCUGUGCGCUGGGCUGGGGGAGGAGAGAGAGGCGUCGAAGGAGAUGACGCCUGUCAACUGCUUGGUCACCUGGGACUCGCUCUACAAAUAUGGCUUCACCAUGUCAGAAGCAGAGGGUGGCCGAGGGGACAACUGCACCCUGAGGAAGAAAGCAGUGAUGGUGGCGGUGGUGGGGGGGCGCGGUGGAUGCCAUGGGCUGAAGCUGUGGGCCGGGGGUGGGGGCUACUUGUGGGCAUGGGAUACGGAGGCAGUUGAGUCACCAGAAUGUCCCCAGUAUAGUGGCAGAGAAGGAUUCCCAAGGGAGUAGACCUGCAGAAGGAGGAAGUAGAAUGUCACAGGGUAUGCGUAUCCACAUACAACUGCCCUGGAAAAAAAAAAAAAAAAUAGGUGCAUACCAACCUU